AACACAAAGCAGCUCAAGUGAAAAGUCGGCCUCUACUUAAGUAGAAUAAUCACCGAGAAAGUUGCAAGUGCCGUUCGUAGUUUUGUAAGAACUUUCUUUUUAGCGAAGAUGUGUACUUGUUAAGAUAUUUGUUGGUUUUGUUUAGUUUGUGUUGAUUAUGCAGAACGGAGGAGACAAGGUACACAUCAAAGAUAAUCUAACCGACGACGUAGAGUGCGGCAAGUCAACCUCACCAAGCCAACUAGAUAAACAUAGAAUCAUUCAUCCAAGAGGUACUUUUUCGGCGACAAGACCUAUACGAGUAGUGAUCAAGUAUUUGGUGAUAAUGUCUGCAAUCGUUGGAGCUCUGGUUGGUCUGGGGGCCGUGAUUGGUUAUUUUCUUGGAUGGGUCUUCCUAGUGCAGUUAGUUAUUGUUGCUGCAGUAGCCUAUGUUGCAGCUGGACAUUGGAGAUGGUGGUAUGUAGCAGUUAUGACUGCCCCCAGAGAUAUAAAAGCAUUGAUUAGGUAUGCAUUUCUAUUGAUACAAGUGAAGACUUUACAACGAAACAACCAAACAAUUGCACAGAUAUUCCAGAAGCAUGUCAAAAAACAUCCGAAUAAGACUUGUAUAUUAUUUGAAGAUCAAGAAUGGUCAUUUGCUCAGGUGGAUGAAUACAGCAAUAAAAUAGCAAAUAUAUUCAAAAGUCACGGCUACAAAAAGGGCGAUAAAGUGGCGUUGUUCCUAGAAAAUAAACCUGAGUUUAUCUGUAUAUGGCUGGGCCUGUCGAAGAUAGGCGUGAUCACUCCAUUAAUAAACACAAAUUUAAGACUGACAACCUUGGUACAUUCCAUUACCAUCGCCAAAAGCCAGGCCAUCAUCUUUGGAACGGAACUAUCAGAUGCUAUUUCCGAGAUCUUGGAGAAAAUAGAAGCCGAGGUGGCGUUAUACCAAAUAAGCUGCAACAAUAAUAUAGAAAACGUCAGCCAGAAAUAUCACAAUUUAGACGUUUUAGUCAAAGAAGCCUCCUCGAUAUGUCCAACCGUCAAAGAUCCUUUAAAUCACCACGAUUGUUUGGUAUAUAUAUACACUUCCGGAACCACGGGUCUGCCAAAGGCUGCUGUAAUCACCAACUCAAGAUACAUCUUUAUAGCGGCAGCAAUAAACAAAAUGUGCAAUUUCAAGUCUUCUGAUGUCUUCUACACACCACUUCCUUUGUACCAUACUGCAGGAGGGUGUAUGACAGUAGGGCAAAUGUUAAUUUUCGGAGCCACUAUCGUGAUACGGAAAAAGUUCUCUGCGUCCGGGUAUUUCUCAGACUGUCGUCGAUAUAAAGCUACGAUAGGACAAUAUAUCGGAGAAAUGGCCCGAUAUAUCUUGGCAGUAUCUCCAAGCGAGAAGGAUAAGAACCAUAACAUAAGAAUGAUCUACGGAAACGGUCUUCGUCCACAAAUAUGGAGGGAAUUCGUGGACAGGUUCAACAUUCCAUUAGUCGGCGAAUUUUAUGGAGCAACUGAGGGAAAUGCUAAUAUAGUGAACAUUGACAAUACGGUAGGAGCCAUAGGAUUCGUUUCAAGAAUCAUCCCCUCAGUUUACCCGAUUUCCAUAAUAAAAGUUGACCAAAACACGGGAGAGCCAAUCAGGAACGCUAAAGGAUUGUGCAUGCCCUGCAAACCCAACGAACCGGGAGUCUUCAUUGGCAAAAUCAUACCAAAUAACCCAUCGAGGGCGUUCUUGGGCUACGUGGACGAAGAAGCUUCCAAGAAGAAAAUCGUUAAUGACGUUUUCCAUCACGGUGAUAGUGCCUUCCUCUCAGGAGAUAUUCUCGUUGCGGAUGAAUUCGGGAAUCUCUUUUUCAAGGACCGCACUGGGGAUACUUUUAGAUGGAAGGGAGAAAACGUUUCGACGGCGGAAGUAGAAGCAGUCAUCAGUAAUUUAGUCGAUUACAAAGACGUUGUAGUUUUUGGAGUCGAAAUAAGGGGGCAGGAGGGUCGCGCUGGAAUGGCGGCCAUUUUGGACCCGGAAGAAAAAGUUGACAUAACUAGAUUGAUGGCGGGCGUAAAGAAAACGUUGCCUUCUUAUGCGAGGCCUAUUUUUAUUAGAAUCUUACGCAAAAUAGAUCUGACAGGUACGUACAAAUUAAAGAAGAACGACUUGCAAGACCAAGGUUUCAAUCCCUCUAAAUUUAGUGAUAAUAUUUAUUACUUAGACAGUACCAAAGGAACUUACGAAAAGGUAACAAAAGAUGUUUAUGACAAAAUAAAUGAUGGAACUAUAAGAGUAUAAGAAUAUUUUAUUUCAUCGGUUUUAUUUUAUUUUCUACUCAACGAUUCCAUGAAGAUGUAUUUAUGUACAUAUAUGUAGAAGUACGGUAUAGGAAUACUAUGUCAAGAGUAAUAUUUUUGUAUAGUACCAGAAUCAUUUUUAUUUAAAUAUUUAAUUUAUUUAGUAUUUGUGUGUAGAAAGUAUAUGGAUAUUACAAAGCAUAGUGAAAGAAAUAGUUCUACUUAAAUUGUCAUAAGUCCCCGUAUUUUUCAAUUGGAAUCAAAUCAGGAGAAGUUGCUGGCUACAAUCCUGAUAUCAUGCAAUAAAGUGCUUUUAUGGCAUGGAGGUUGAUGUGGAGAGUUGUUUUGUUGUAGUCUAUUCACACUAGAUAAUUAAAGCUUAGUCUAGAUCAUGGUUUUCGUAGAAGACUUUGAUUUCUGUACCAUUGCUGCACUAUUGCAGCUGGAAACAAGCUUUAUUUCCAAUUAUUGUCUCAAAUGUCUUCUCAAAAUCCUUCUGGAUAUGAAAGUGUUCAAAGUUUUCUUUAAAUUUCCUACUCCAUGUGAAUUUGUGCGACCAAAUUGCAGUAUGUAAGACUUUCGUCUGGUUAGAAGUACGGUAGAGGAAUAUUAUGUGAAGAGUAAUAUUUUUGUAUAGUACCAAAAUAAUUUUUAUUUAAAUAUUUACUUUAUUUAGUAUUUUUCAAUUGGGGUCAUGUCAGGAGAAGUUGCUGGCUACAAUCCUGAUAUCAUGCAAUCAAGUUAUUUUAUUGAAUGGAGGUUGAUGUGGAGAGUUGUUGUGUUGAACUCUAGUUACACUAUGUAAUAAGCUUCUUCUAGAUUCAUGGUUUUAGUGGAAGACUUUGAUUUUUGUACCAUUUUUGCACUAUAGCAGCUGGAAACAAGCGUUAUUUCCAAUUAUUGCCUAAAAUAUAUUAUCAAGAUUCUCUUAGUUGCGGAAUUCUUCAAAUUUUUGAAUUUGUGCGUCCAAAGUGUAGCAUGUUCAUGUUUGUACUAUUUCUGAGAUAUUUUCUUGAAAUCCAUACAUAUAUUUCGGCACUUUUACAUGAAUUUGUAAAUUAUGUUCUAGUACUUUUAAACACUAACAAUGCCAAAAUCGAAUUUUACCUUUUUAUGGCACAAUGUUGACAUUUGGCACAUGUCAUCGUUAAAAAUAACAAAGAAGAAAAUGGCACAUACUUUAUUGAAUUAUUUUGUCGUUGUAAACUGUUGUAUAUCAUCAAAUGCAUUGCUGUUCUUGCCAAUUGCUAAGAUUUAAUGCAUUAUGAACGAUGUUUGGUAUUGAUCCAUAGAUAGGUUAUUAUUAUAGUAUAAUAAGUUGUAAUACAGCUAAUGUUUGUUAGAAUUCUGAACAGGUACAUUGAAACAGCUAAACAUGAGAAGUAACAAGUAACUAUGAUUCGGAUCUCAAAGAAUCGUUACAGUGUAACGAUACCUACUACGGAUGGAUCCGAUUCAGUAAAAGUGUGGAUUGAGUUCAGUGGGAAUCGGUUGACAAUUCUUUUUGAUUUUGGUUCCAGUGACAUGUUAUAUACAAAGAUUUUCUUAGUUUAGAGUUCUACGACACCAAAUAGUUUUUUGCUCAUUGGUAAUGAAAAAUUCGUCGACAAAUUUAGCUUUAGAUUGCUAGCUCGCUUUGUUAUCACGAUAGAGUUGCAACUUAGCGAACAAGUAGGCAAAUCUAAUGCAACAACGAUAAAAUAGUAAAGUUGUUAUAGAGUUAACUGGAUAUGUUAAAAGCUGAAGUAAUAUUUGCUGAUUUUAGAGACAGUUAACAAUCUAAGUUCUAGAGAUCACCAAAACGUACUCUCAGUAGAGAAACCGAAUGUAUAUAGGGUAAAAACUAAUAUAAAAGUAUCAUUUGAUGUUUUAGUGAAAUCCUGUUCACUUUUUUUAACACAUAUUUAAAAAUUUACGAUAGAAGGAUCAUUAAAACAAGCUUUUUACAGUUAUUCUGUAGUAUUAGUUUAAAACUACUUAGUCACAGUCGUACUUAAUCAGAUCAUACAACGGAACGUAACAGUUUGUCGCAACUCUAUAUAUUUUUUUAGUCGGUGGGCUUGUUUAUGAUUAUUUACUAUAAGUUUGUUCCUACAGAAGUUUCCAACUGUCACCGACUGUCAGACGCAUGCGCAAUAAUAAUUUCGCCGUCCCAAUAAGAUUUUCUCUGAUUACUAGUCAACAAAGUACACUGUUCCAUGAAAUAUUUAAUCAGUUUGAGAUUAAUUUCUGACAGUUUGAAAAGUUUCCGAACUUUUUGCAAACUGUUAAUCACGGACAUGCGCAAUUAGUAUAAUUUUGAUUCACUCACAUGCUCACACUAAAUAACUAUUUAUAUUUAUAUCAAAUAGGUACCUUUACCUUUGUUUUGGUUAUUUUGUUGAUUUAAGUACAUAAUAUUGUAUUUUAGUGUUUUAUACUUUUGUUAUAAUUUAUGAAACAAUGAGUGAUAGCAAAUACUAUGGACUGUCCAUAGUAUUUGUUAAUGAUGUGCUCGUUGCUCGUGUUGUGGUGUAAAGUAGUAAGGUUAAAGUUUUGGUUUCCCUCGUUUUCCAGAAUGCUUUCUUCUUCUUUCUUUUCUUUUCUCUGUGCACUAGGCAACUUGCCAGCUCGGUAGAAUAUUUGUUCCAACAAAAAUUACAAACUAGUUCGCGGCUGGUUGAAUUCGCAUAUGCGUAUUGUGCAGCAGUCAGAAACUGUCAUGAGCUAGUUUGUGAUUCUUUGUAGGAACAAACCUUAUACAAUAUCAAUUUAAUUGUGUGUUCUAGGGAUGUUGAAAAAGUAACUAUUCAUUACAAAGUACUCGUUACCUACAAAUACCGAAAGUAACGAUUACUAUAGAGAGAGGCAAAUCGUUACUUUGAUUACUCUGAUUACUUCGUACCAAUCGUAUCAGAGCGAGUAACGACUGUUGUAUCUACUUUGAUUACUCUAAUUACUUCGUUACUUCAUACCAAUCGUAUUAGAGCGAGUAACGACUAUUGUAUCUACUUUGAUUACUCUGCUUACUUAGUUACUUCGUACCAAUCGUAUCAGAGCGAGUAACGACUAUUGCAUCUACUUUUAUUACUUUGAUUACUCUGAUUACUUCGUAGCAAUCGUACCAGAGCGAGUAACGACUAUUGUAUCUACUUCGAUUACUCUGAUUACUUCGUAAAGGUCGUUAUUAUAUCGGAAUACCUAUACAAAAUACCUACCUACUGAGAAAUAAGAUUCUCGAUAUGAUUACCGGUACUCAAAUACAAAAGUAAUCAAAUCAUUUUUAUCUCUUAAACAGAUUGGUGAAGAUCAUUGUUAUAUCGGAAUACCUAUACAGACCUACCUACUGAGAAAUACGAUUCUCGAGAUGAUUACCGGUACUCAAAUACAAAAGUAAUCAAAGUAACGAAUACUGUAAAUGAUUACUUUAUACAAAAGUAAGGAUAUGUAACGAAUACUCGAAAGUAACUAUAAUCAACAACACUAGUGUGUUCCUGUAAGUUUCCCGUUGUAUCGUCAAAUUGUUUAGUUUUCUACUUAUCAUUGAUAUUUAUGUUGAUAUGUGAUCUGAAGUAACCACUACACUGUAAAGAUACCCUAGUAAGAGUGGAGUCAGUUCAGUGAGUCGGAUUCAGUUCAGUGCAGAAGUCGAUUAACAAAUUUAAGCUCAAAUGUUUUCACUUUGGAAACAAAGUUUGGUGUAUUUGAUUUACGCUAGUCAUUUGAUGGAAACCAGGAUUUUUUAGUCACUGUUAUCGUUGAAUUCAGAAUUCACAUUACAGAUUUUAGAAUCUACGCUGCAGCAAUAAUCGACGUACCUUUUUGCGCAUUUAAUCGUUAGUUUUAGCUUGGAAUGAAUUAUAGGAAUCGUUUCUGAGCUGAGAAUCAAUGUCACGUAAUCGGAUCACACAAAGGAACAUAAAAGUUGGAUCCAACUCUAUACAAAUGUUUUUUAGUAGGAGCGCUUGUCAGUUAUUUUUAUUCUAGGAUUCAUUUGUUUCCACAAGUUUUGUCCUUAGUCCAUGAUAUUUAGUUCCUUUUUACUAAUGUUUCAUGUUCGUACUAAUGUGUUUUAUACAAACCUUCGUUUUUUUGUCUAUUAUUAUUUACGUUUAUUGUAUAUUCUAAUUCAUUCAUUAUUAAUAUUAAGUAUUAAAUUGUCAUUAUCUAAAACUGUUUGAUUUUAUUACUUUUUACCGAUUGAAAUGUACAUAUUUCUAUUUAUUUCGGUAUUCUAUCAAUUUGUAAAUCAUUAGAAUUAAGUUUAUAACUGCCCAUGACGCACUAAUGCGUCAUCUGAGUAUAGAAUGUGUUAAUGGAAAUCUGUGUACAUGAAAAUUGUUAUUGAGAAUGUUUUUUCUUGCGCACAACUUCUUUUUGUUUUUUGCCUUAGUGUCACAUUAAGCAACUUACAUCACAUCUCCGCUCAAACAGUGUCAUAAGUCAAAAAAGCAAAGUAUCGAGAAAACGACAUUUUAAAGUUAGCUCUAAAACUUUUCCGAAUUUCAUUCAAAAACUAUUAUAAUUAGAACAAUAACUAUUUUAGUACGUUACAGAGGUUUUUGAAGCACUACAAAAUAGCGUAUUAAGUAUACUUGGUAAAAUAUUUUAAAAAAUAUUUUUUUUGAGUUGUGACUCUAUAUAGAUAAAAUAACGAAACAUUUACGAAAUAUUAGGUAUUUAUUAAAAUUGGCUUUAGCAGUACAGAAUAUAUUAUUAUUAUCUGGUUAACAGAGAUAUACUUUUUUAAUAAUCUAACUUUAAAUAUAGGUGUCAAAAAUUUAAAAUGUGUCACUCUUCUUGGGCAGAUUCUCAGAUUGUUUUGAAUAAAGCAAUCACAUAUUCUGUCUUAACUCGACAAACGACGCUUUGUACAGGUCUUAUGUGGACAACUGUCAUGCGCAAGCCGAUAUGUGACACUGUUUAUGUUCGGUGCAUCGUUGAUUUUGGUUAACCAUAUAAUGACGCUAGUGUCAUCUAACGAUGAAUACUUGAACCAUAGAUGUAACAUUUUUUUAGCUAGGAUUUUGUAGAUUUAUUAAACUGUUGGUGUAAUAAAACCGUUUUUAUUUAUUUUUUGAGUUGUAGCACUGUUUACUAAUUUUUAAAGUUGUGACAGUGUUUGGCUUUUUGAGUUGUGCCACUGUUUGACGGAGGUGCGACAUGUCACAAUAACUAUAUUUAUUAUUUUUUUGGUCGUAGUAAAUAUCUAAAUAUUAUAAAUUUGCGUAGAAUAAAGUGCAUAAAUGUAUAUAAAUACAUCUUGAUGACGACUGAACAAAAGAAUCUGGAGGAAAAAUUUUGCCCACUUACUUAAGUGACAACUGUAUUUUUAUAAAUAAAUUUUUGGAUAUUUUGGUACUUCUCUACUAUAUGGUUGUGUUUUAGUAAAUAUACUUUGUUAUUUUUGAAUAUAUGUUUUUGUUUCGAA